GCUGCGCUCUCUGCAGUCACCCGUUCCCUUCCACAAGAUCUCGCUGCACACGGUGCAGAUGGUGGUCAGUGUGGAGAUGGAGGAGCACGCGGCGCGGCCCCAGGUCUGACCCUGUCUGUGUCGGCCAUGACAGGUGCGCUGACGCUGAAGAACGCCAUCAAACCCGGAGAUGGUUUUAAGGAGGUCUGUCUGUCGGUUCAGUGCGAGGACGUGUUGGUGCGGACGGGUCUGAAGGACAGAAGUGCAGUGUUUGUGGGUCCGUUCUCCUGCAGUGCGGAUCUGGAGGCUCAUUGGUGCAGACACAGUGGAAGCCCCGCCCUCGACUCGUCUGGACCACCGAGAGUGUUGAUUGACCUGAAGGGAGGCCUUCUGCAGGUGUUUUGGGGGCAGCAGCAGUUUAACUGUUUGUCUGAGAUUCAAGAGCAGCUGCAGAGCUACUGGAAUCAGAUGAGCAGAACAGAGGCGGAGUCUAAUGAUAAGCCCCUCCUCUCUACACUGCUUCGCACCCCUAGCCCCGCCCAGUCAGAAUACUCCUCUGAUGACCUGCGCACAGGCCUCUUCCAGUACAUACAAGACUCAGCGUGUCAGAAGCUGCCGUCGCCUCAUGAGGUGGUGUUUUGGAGAGAGACGGACGAGUCUCCAGGUGUGAUGCUGUGGCGGUAUCCUGAACCGCGUGUGAUCACGUUCCUCAGGAUCACACCUGUUCCCUUCAACACCACGGACGACCCUGACAUCAGCACAGCCGACCUCGGGGACGUGCUGCAGGUGCCCUGCAGUCUGGAGUUCUGGGACGAGCUGCAGCGGUCAUUUGUGCCAUACAGAGAGUUCAGCCUAUCAGAGAGCAGCGUGUGUGAGCUGACCCUGCCCACUCUGACCCCUGACACAAACCAGACUGACCUGGUGACCUCUGACCUCUGGAGGGUUGUGCUCAACAGCCCCAGUGACGGUGGAGAUGAGAGUUCGGACAGUGAAUCAGGUUCUCAGGUGCCUUCUGAGCAGCUGGUGUGUCCCACCGCUCUGGCCGCCUGUACACGUGUGGACUCGUGUUUCGCGCCGUGGUUUGUGCCGUCAGUUGGUGUCUCCAUACGACUGGCGUACCUGGAGCUGCACUUCUGUCACAACCUGGAUCAGCUGGGCACAGCGCCGUGCCAGAAGCUCCGCCCCUUCCUCCCAGACAGGAAGUCUCCUCAGGAUCAGGAGUUUGCGGUGGUGUGUGUGCGUGAGCCGUGUGUGUUUGUGCGUCAGUGGAGUGACGUGAUGCAGUGCUGUCAUGAGCUCAGCUUCUCUUCCACACUGAGCUGCAGACUGCUGGAGUACCGCAACCUCACCUACCUGUCCAUCAUCCAGCCGGUCAGCCUGCGGGGACACGCCACACACACACACACACACACGCGCUCCCGGCGCACGCUGCACUGUGACACCACGCUCACACCGCUGCACGUCGCCGUCGGUCAGUACGCCGUUCACACACUGGACCCGAGCGCUGCAGGCCUGGGACACAGGUGAGACCAGACCAGACCAUCACUGAUGGGGAAUAAAAGGGUUUCAAAGCAGCUGCGUGGUGUUGCUCUGACAGUUCCUGG